AUGGCCGAGGGGAGCCGGCCGGAGCUGAGGCUUCUCCCGGGUUUGUACACAGGGAAUAGGAACGUUUUCAUCGGAGGGAUUGGGGACAAGGAAUACCCCUCCGCGGCGAGAAACGUGAGUAUUGUCGGGUGGGGCGCGUCACCGCACGUCGCCGAAGAACCAGCGCACGCGUACGCGAGCACAGCCGCCGUGAUCUCCUGCCAGGGGAGGAAGUCGGACGGCGAUUCACACCCGGCCACGCGCGGGAUUUGGCUGAGCGAGGGGCGCAUCACUAGCCUAGCCAACCUCACCGUCACAGACUGCCCGGCGGGGGGAGUAGGCGUCGACGCCUGGGCCGGGGACGACCCGUUUUCGUUCCCGGUGCUAUCUUCCGUGACCGUCGCGGGAAAUGGCGGGGAUACGUGCGAGAAGGGCGGCGGCGUCUUUGUCACUGCAACAACAGCGAGCGAGGAAGGAGGGGGCUCCGUGGGCGGCGACACGGCGCGAACGAGGGGGGGGUACCAGACGGUGCCAGCGUUGACCGUGUCGGGUUGCGUCAUUCGCAACAACACCGCGCGGUCGGGCGGCGGGAUGGCCGUCAGUUCGGCACCCACCUCUCUGCUGCUAGCGUCUCGACCCCGGGCGGCCCCCGUACCCCCGGAGUCGGCGGAAAGUUCUUCGAAAUUUCCGGGCGAGGAGGCGCCGAAAAGACCGGUCGAAGAAGAGGCAUCGGGUCUCGCAGGCGAAAUUCGCUCGAGGAACCGUCUUGAGCGGACGAGUUCCAACUCCCGGAAGGGUGGCGCUCUGGUAGGUGCAUCAGCGGAGGAGGAGGGGUCGAGCGGCGGUGGUGCCUUGCUGAGCGUUGUUGUGAACGGAGGGACGGUUUUGUCGGAGAACCGAGCCACGUCCGGCGGGGGCGUCUGGGCGGCGGGCGGGGCGGUGUCGGCGACGGGGGGGGUUGUCGUUAGGGACAACGUCGCGGGGGCUCUGCAGGAGGGCUGCGGCGAGGAGGAGAGCUGCGGCGGCCGUGGCGGCGGCAUGUGCAUAGACGGCGGUUCUCUAUCCCUGGAAGGCGUGUCCUUCGAAGGGAACAGGGCGGAGACCCACCAGGCCCGUGACGAGUACGCCAAGGGGGGGGGGCUCGCGGCCAGGAGUUGCUCGGUGACCGCGAGGGGGUGCCACUUCUCGGGCAACGGUGCUACGGCCAUGGCGAAAGCCUCGGCAGGCAUCGGUGGCGGGGCAUACCUGGACGACUCCGACGCGACCGUGAGCGGCUGCCGUUUCGAGAACAACGUGGCGGAGGGAAUCGACCUGUUUGGUCAGCUGGCGUCCUUCGGGGCUGGGCUCGCGACUGGGGGACCCACACAGGUUUUGGACAUGAGCGACUCGAGCUUCGUCGCAAACGCGGCGGGAAAGGGGGGCUCCGGCGGAGGGAUCUGGGUAGAGGACGGUGCGAAGGCGGUGCUGGCCAGGACGAAGUUCGUCAACAACACCGCUGCGUCCAGCUACACCCACAAGGGGGCCGGGGGAGGCGUUGCGGUGUCGGCGUCAGCUAGCCUGACGAUGUCCGAGGGCUGCGUGCUCGAGGGGAACGUGGCUGGGCCAGAGGACGUCGGGGCGUCGGACCCUUCUUGCUUGUCCGGUCAAGGCGGCGGAAUCCACGUCUCCGGGUCGGCCAUCACCCUGUCAGGCGUUUCUCUGCGGAGAAACCGCUGCGAGACGGGGGCUCUCGACGCCGGCUGCUCGGGAGGCGCGGUCAGCCUCACCGGGCGGGGGCCUCAGGCGACGGCUGCCGUGGCAGCACGCGACGACGACAACAACAACAACGACAGCGGAGGGGCGGCCUUUGACGAUUGCCUGUUCGAGGGCAACGAGGCCAGGGGAGCGGCCACGAACAACGUCUACAGCGGGGCCGGCCAGGGCGGCGCCGCGGCGAUCCGCUUCGCCUUUCCCAGGUUCACCGGGUGCAACUUCACCGGCAACGCCGCCGAGGGGGGGGGUGGCGCGGCCCCGGCUACCGGCGGAGCGGUGCUGCUGUUCCUUUCCCGGGGAGGAGGAAGCUCCCCCGCCGCCGCCGCCGCCGCCGCCGCCUCUGAUGGCGGAAUGGAAACCCCGCCCCCGACGUUUGUUAACUGCAAGUUUACCUCAAACAUCGCCGGAUCCGGGGGCGUCCCCACAGACGGGAAUGCCUUGGGGAGGGGUUUCAGGCAGGGGCACGGGAUCGGAGGGGCUCUGGCCGCGAUUGCCUCUUCGCCUCUGCUCUCGGGCUGCUCGUUCUGGAACAACUCCGCCGUGGCGGUGUUCCCGUCAUCUUCUGGCGGAGGAGGGGGGGGGGGGGCGAGCACUACGGUGUCGGGCGGGACCCCUUCCUUCGGAGGGGCAAUAAUGCUCACCAGCGAUUGUUGGGGGACCCGGUUGAGCGACUGCGCGUUGGGGGAUAACCCCCCGGUGAACGGGGUGGGCGGCGACCUCCCCGUGUUGGCAGCGCCGUCCAAGGGGCGCUCUUCGAUGCUCGAUUCGAUCGCGGCUGCCACAGCGGCAACACCACGCACCGCCGUUGCUCCGGAGCCCUCCAGUUCUGCCGGAAGCGCAUCAUCGACCGUCACCCCCGCCGCGGCGCCGGUGGGGGCGGCGACAGCGGCAGCCGCAGGGGCACCGCCAGCACCCUCACAGGCUCCGGCCACACCGGCAGCUGUCCACGGGGCCACCACCGCCGCUGCCGCCAUUCAGCCGAUCUUGGCGUCUUCCCGUAAGUUGCCACCCGGCGCAGCCGCCACAGCGACCGCGGUCCUGUCCGGCUGCAGCUUCCGCCCGGCCCGGCCCCAGAGCGACCCCGCCGUCCCCUGGGCCGACGGGAGGUCGGAGACGGCGGCUUCGCCGUUCCUGUUCGUGCUGGACGGGGGGACGGUGGAGCUAGUGUCCCCGGUAUUCGAGGCCCCGGGGCAGGCGUUUGUGGCGCAGGUUGAUCCGCCGGCCUUUCCCUCCGACAGGGAGAGCGAAAUCUCACAUCUGCGCAUCGUGGGCUCCGGCGGGCCUCAGGCUACCGGCGCGCACCCCGCCUUCACGGGUUUCCACCAAAACGACGGCGCCAAUGGGCGCCGGCCCCGAACCACCGCCUCCGGCGCGAAGUUAUCGGUCGUGUCAGUCGGCGGUCGCGUCUCUUUGGUUGAUACCACGGGUGACGACGACCGACGGGCCGGCAUAAACGACGGGGAACGAUUAACGAAGCCAGCGGUGGCGGCGGUAGAUACGACUCCGUCCGCGCUGCGAGACUUAGCCUUGCUCGGGGCGGAGCUAUUCCUGGAGGGUGGAAGCGACGGGGAUGAGCGGCAACAGCACCGAGGCCUCGCGGUGGAGAAUUCGGCCAGGUUCCGCACGGCCAACGUGUCCGCCGUUGCUUCCGGCGCCGCCAGAAGUGGUCACGAUGAGGCCGCCGCCGAUCGGCGGCGAUGGGCGCGCGGUUCCCCCGCAGAUGCAGCGGUCGCUGGAGUCACCUUGGAGGCCCAGGGCGCGGCGAAACUCGGCGAGGCUUGGGAGCCGAAGCCGUUCUUUCUGGGCACGUCGCUGUCGCAGCGCUUCCCGUCGCCAGAGUCGGCGGAGCUGGCGGGGGAGGGGGCGGGAGCCGUCGAAGGCGGCGGCCGGCACGCGGCGCGUAGCGGGGGCGGCGGGCGCGACGCGGACGACAGAGUGUCGUUUGACGGAGUUGUAGUGAAGUUGGCGGGGGAGUCCGAGGUACAAGGAGGCGUUUCCCUCGCCGAGACGGCGGUGGUUCAGGUGGCGCCGUCGGGAUCGCUCACCCUCACCGGGGACGCCACGAUUCGCAGGCAGACCUCGUCGUCGUCGUCGUCCUUCACCCCGCCGACAGCGGCGUCCGCGUCGCCCCCGCCUGCGGUGCGGAACGCUGGUUUCCUUUCCCUCCCCCGCGGGUUUUCCCUCGCCGUCGCAGGCGGUGUGGAGCAGGGUCCCACCGGCGAAACCGCCAUCGUCCUCCCCGCCCCUCUCUACGCCCCCUCCCCCGCUGCCGGCGGUUGCCCCGAAGGUAGCGGUGAACAACCUUUCGGGGUGGAGAGUGGUGGGGGCCCCGGUACAUGGUUCGUGGAAGGGCAGGGGUGGGGGAGUGCGACCGGGCACCCGCUGGUGGUGGAGUCGGGGGCGACGAGGCUCGCCGGCGCGGUGAACGCCUCCGUGUCUCGUGGCGGCGGGGAAGACGAGAGCUCGCUUUGGCGCAUGCGCGCGGCGCGUGCGCCAAGGAUGAAGAUGAACCGAAAGUGGGCGAUCGUCCGCUUCGGCACCCUAGACGCCGCCCGGAACGUCGACACGGGGUCCCUCUCGGUGCGCGGCCCUCCCGGGGUGUCGAUGGCGCUAGCGAUGCAGAACGUCACCCUUAAAGGAGGAGGCGGGGGAUGGCACGCCCCCCCGCCGAUGCCGGACCCCCUGCAGCCACGGGACCCCCUAAGUCUGCAAGAUCACGAAGAACGCGGGGGGUGGGGUGACGCGAAGUGGACGGAGAGGGAACGGAGUUAUGGCGACGUCGGUGAUCAGCGGUUGGAGUUGGUUCUCCAGGCGGUGUUCAUCGAGUGCCGGAGCAUGCUGCUUUACGCUAACGUCACGACAGCGGGGGGCCCCUGCCAGGCAUGCCUUUUGAACAUGGAGUGCUCCUGGUGUGGAGACCAAGACGGCAUGGGGUGUGUGCCGGUGGAAGAGCGACCCGUCAAGCGCGGCGGCCGGAGGGGCGACGCUGCAUUGUCUUGUCAGACGGGCAGCUGUUGCCCUCUUGGCUGCAACGGCGUCGGCGAGUGCGACUUCUUUUCCGCGACUUGCUCUUGCCGCUGGCUCUACGCAGGUUCCUCCUGCGCCGACGUUAGCACCAAAGGAGCCGUAGCGUUAUCGCUAUCGCUUUCCGCCCUCUUGCUGGUGAUGCUCUCGCUCGCCUGCGGUCGCUCAAGCCAGCGAAAGCAGGUGGAGGCGGUGAUGGGCACGCUGCAGGAGCUCAAGCGAGGCCUGCUCUCCGACACCGACGGGUCUAUCGGAGACGAUGACGUCAACUUGGCGCCUUUCGGGGGAAAAAGCAACAGGAUGGCGUUUUCGAUCGGGGGACGGGGGCAGCUUCCGACAGGAAGGGGCGGGGGCGGCAGCGGCAGCGUUGGAGGGGGCGGCGGCGGCGGCGGGGGUGGCGGGGGUGGGAGUGGGCUUUCGUACCAGCACAUGUGGCCGAGAGACUACAUUCAGGACUUGCAGCAGAAUUUGGCUCUCAGGGACGUGAUGGUGUCCUUCGGCGAGCUGGAGCUGGGGGAGAUGGUCGGCUCGGGGGCCGCGGGGACGGUGUGGAGGGGCUCGUGGCGGGGCGCGGCGGUUGCCGUCAAGGUGAUCAGGAGACCCUUCCACCAAGCGAUGGAGCUCGCCGGCGGCGAUCUGGAGACCUUCAAGAGGGAGGCGUACCUCAUGACCAGGUUGCGUCACCCCAACAUCGUGUUGAUUAUGGGGGUGGCGUUCGCUCCCCCAGGGCACCGGAUCACACUGGACGGCGACGGGACGGCGUCCAUGUCGGUCAGCAGGAGGAGGGAGCUGGGCUUCGAGGGCUUAGGGACUAGUACGCAGGGGAGCCUUUGCAUCGUGACGGAGCUCCUGUCCCGCGGCAGUCUGGAGGACGUCAUCCGAAGAGGAGGCCUGCGUACGGCAAGCUACGGCUUGAUUCUGGACCUGGCUCUCCAGCGCCUCCGUAUGGGAUGUGGCGAUAUGUAUUGCACUCCCUACUGUUCAAAGGCGGCGCGCGGGAUGCUCUACUUGCACACACACAACCCGGCGAUCGUGCACCGGGACUUGAAAAGCAGCAACCUUGUCAUCGACGAACACUGGCAUGUCAAGGUGACCGACUUCGGCAUGUCCCGGUUCGUACCGGGACCAAUGCCUACCGUCGUUACCUCCUCUGCAGCUGCUGGUCGUGGCGACUACAGCGACGAUGACGAAGGCGAGGCGGGGGCCGCCGCCGCCACCGCCGCAGGCUCUGGCUCCGCUCACCCCCUUGCUACCCGGCAAGGCGGCGGUGCGGGGACAGGCGGCGCCACUGACGACGCUGACGAGGACCCUCUCGAAAGGAACGAGGAGAAGGACCCGCUCACCGUUCCUGCUGCCAGCAUUGAGCUUGGCCGCAGCGGCAGGGGCGGUGGCGGGCGGGUAGGUGGCGCUUUGAAUGGUGUCGCUCGCUGGGGACGGGGCUCCAGGCCGACCGCGGGGGGGGCGGGGGCGGAAGAGCGAGGGCUGGGGCUGACUACUAACCUCGGGACGGUGGCAUGGGCCGCGCCGGAGAUGUUGCGGGGAGGAGAGGGUGGCCGUGCGGAGUAUACGGCCAAGGUGGACGUGUAUUCGUUCGGUGUUGUCAUGUGGGAGCUGUGGGAGCGGCGACGGCCCUUCGAGGACCUUCGGAGCCGCUUCGACAUCGCAGACACGGUGGCGGCCGGAGGACGGCCUCCGAUCGGGCGGGGUUGCCCCCCGCCCUACGCUGACCUGAUUCGACGGUGUUGGCACCAGGAUCCAACGAAACGGCCGUUCUUCCAGGAUGUUGUCGAAGACUUGGAAGCCGAGAUCGAGGCUGCCCAGGCCGUGACAGAGUUGUAG